CCGCGGUGACGUGAGGAAGGUGUCUCCUUGUGCUCCUGGCGACGCGUUCUCCUUCCUCUUAGUCGACCUUCGUUGUCGACUCCAUGUUCUCCCAGCCCUUCCUCCUCCUCCUGGUGGCCUCCUCGCCGCUCUUCACAGGUGGCGAGGUGGCCCAGGAGUGCUCUGAAGGGGAGCUGACCUUCUCCUGCCACGGCCCCAAGGAGGAACUAGUCAUCAGGGAGGCGUGGAUCUACGGCUCCGUUGCCAUGACCAGGGUUGACCACGGGCUUGGCGAGAAGUGCCAUGUGCCAGAGUACAACAUACAGUACAAGCAGGGCACCUUACUCCAGUACAUCAACAAGCAAUGUGGGGGCCAGGCGGAGUGCAAGUUCAGUGUGUGGAGCCACGUGCCCAGCGCCCAGGUGGCCCAGGACGCCUGGAAGGGCGGCGUGCUGUGGGCGGCGUAUGACUGCGUCAACAAGUCUGACUUCCAUCGGGUGUGUGGGAGUGAGGUUUGGGCCCAGUCAGGGUGGAUGCAGAGCAUUGGGUAUCCGCAGUACUACCUGGGUGAGCCAGGUGUGUGCACCAUCACUAUCCGUGUGGAUGAAGGCCAGCACAUCCACCUCACCAUCAUGGAUCUCAGUAUCAGGGAGAUUGUCCAACCAAAUGAAGACAGUUGUCGGGACAGUGUGUCUGUAAUGGAAGGAAGCAAGCAGCUGCUCCUUCGUUGUGGAGAAGCUAAACAGCCUCUCAGUGUUAUCUCAGAAGGUCCGGAGCUCAACGUUACUCUCACUGCAACAACAAAGUUAUUCCCAAAGCGGGGAUAUGUGGCACAUUUUCAAGCUCUUGGUUGUGAGACGCCUUCCACUCCUGCCGACGGUUACAUGGCUUAUAGGAAUGCUACACAUGCUGAAUAUUGGUGCUGUGUACAUCACGUGUUCCCAGACACCCUCGCCCGACGCAGGCUUCUCCAGUGUACCCGGGGGCAUUCUUGGAAUGACACACUUCCUGACUGUAUUGACCUUGAAGAGCUGCUGGAAGAAGGCAACAUUACCGAGACACAGUUUCAUAACCUAGUCAACGGAAGCUCCACUGAAGCUCAGGCAGAAAUGUUACGGCAGGCACAUUUGGUCUAUGACCUGGUGGUGCCAACAGUGAUCAUGUCUGUACUGGUUCUUGGCAAUGUUGCUGUCGUCUUUCUGAUUAUAUACUGCCGCAGGGGUGUGAUCGAGGUGGGUGUCCGAUGUGAAGAACUUGAGUCCAUUAAGGCUAAUCCUGAGCCAACUGAUGUGAUAGACAGUGAACCAUGUAAUGUGUAGCAUUAGGUUGUCUCACAUGGCAUUAUUAAUAAAGGCCACGUCUGAAGGAGCGCCGCUAUGUAAGACGUAGACACGUAAUGUGACAUACAUGGUUCCCUUGCUACAGUCAUUUAAGAGACUCCUAGAACAAAAUUGAAGGCAGUUUGUAAUACAGCUUUCCUCUAGCAAGCGGUACAUGAAGAUUUCACUUAAAAAAUACAGUACUGUAUGCAAAAUACAAGAACCUUUGGCAUGAAAUUGUGUAAUAUUGUCCAAUUUAAUGUGACAAAAUAAAAUUCAACAUUCUGUUACGAUUACAGUAUUGAUACGUAAAAUUAGAUUAGAACACUUCAGUCAUUGAACGAAAAAAGACAUACAUUUUUAUACUUCUUGAAAAUAACAAAUCCUUUCAAAACAUAAAAGGAUAUUUCAUAGAAGGAAGUUUUAGUGUUAUUACCAAACAAUCUAGUCAAAAAUGUCUGGAGUUAUUGAUUUCCAUUUUGACUACAGUAUAUGAAUCUCAAAUAUUCUAGUCUUACUAUGUGCCAAAUAGCUCUAUCAUCUCUAAACCAUUUUUUCCAUAUACUCAUUACAAAAUCUCUGACAAUAUCAAUGGCACUAAAAUGUACUUAAAAAGGAACAAAAUUAUAAAUUAAUAAUCUGUUCUGCUUCUAUUUGAGAAAAAUUUUCUCUUAUAAAUUCUAUAAUCUGUCUAAUCUUAAGCCUUAAUCUUAAAUGUACAUUUAUAGGUUAAUUGUAGAUGAACACAAAACAUUGCUUAAACAGCACUUGUCAAACUUUUCCACUUUAGUGUAAAACUAUAGAUAUGCAUGUAAUAAUACAUCAAAGAAACUCAGUUAUGCUAUUUUAAUAAGAAAUAAUCAAACUGCACCUAAAACGUGACAUUGUCACCACAACCAUCUUGUUCCAGGCAAGUUGCAGCCAUCGAUACAAAAUGAGGUUAUAACACUCUGGUACGAGUGAUUUAAGAUCAAAAUAUGUUCUU